AUGCUGAAGUGGGAUCCCCCUUUGGAUGGUUGUGUAAAGUUGAACUGUGAUGCGGCUGUUUCAGCAUCUAUCAAGGGUGUUGGCGUAGUGAUCAGGAACUCUUCGGCCUCCCCCAUCAUUGCCUUCUCUGCGCUAGAAAUCUUUAAUGAUGUGUUGCGUGGGGAAGCGCUUGUGGUCCGCGUCGGCCUACAAUCAGCCCUUGAAGCUGGAUUGUCCAAUAUCCUGGUUGAACCAGAUAGCUCAAAGCUGGUGACUUUGCUGAACAAUUCAACCCUUCAUCCCCCAGUGGAAGUUGCUUGUAUCAUUCACGACAUUCGUAUCUUUGAUUUCUUGCCUAAAUGUAAUUUCCUUGAAGUGGAUUUUUAG